AUGGCAGUCUUCAAGUUUUCGGCCUCUUCUAAGCUUGCGUCGAUGAAAAAAGAGCUAUUUGAGACUCGCCAGCAAAUGAACAUGACGAGUGCUCAAGACGAGUUUUCGAAGUGGGCUAAGCUGCGUCGUCGGGUGGAUAAACUCUCCCAGCAGGUGGACGAACAGACAUUUAUGUUUGUUCUGAACAGUGCUGUUCCAUUUGUGCUAAACUGGUACUUCAAGUAUGUGCCAAUGUUCUUUUUGCCUCCGGGAGACUGGUUUGGUCCGCUAGGCUACCUGACAACUGUUUGUGGUCGUGUUUUGGCGCUUGUGGGCGACUAUGCUCGAGAGCUUUGUGAGCGCGAGACGAUCCAAGAGAAGCCUGUCUCCGCCGCGCCAUACGAGUCUAAGGCGAAACCGGUGCAGGUGCCGGCUAUUCCAGAGAAGAAGCUGGACGAGACGCCCACCACUAAGGAUGCUGCGAGCACUUUGAAGCGUCGUACCAAGUAG